UCAAACAUCAGAUUUGAUUUUCCUUUUCCACCACAACCUGUGCGCUGGUUCAUCGUCCGGAGCGUCCGCGCGCCGAGCGUCAGCCGCAGGCCUGCACGAGGACGAUCUCUGGCGUCCACGGGCCUGUGUUCUGUGUGUGUGUGUGUGUGUUGAACACCGACCAAUCUCAUAUCUGGACGAAUCGAGAGGGCAAGAAAAAAAGCGGAAAAGUGGUUGUUUAAAGAAACUAAACAGAAACGAGAGGCGAGGAGAGGAUGACCCUGGAAUCCAUCAUGUCGUGUUGCCUCAGCGAGGAGGCGAAGGAAGCCCGGAGGAUCAACGACGAGAUCGAACGGCAGCUCCGCCGGGACAAGAGGGACUCGCGCCGGGAACUGAAACUGUUGCUCCUCGGCACCGGGGAGAGUGGGAAGAGCACAUUCAUCAAACAGAUGAGGAUUAUCCAUGGUACCGGUUACUCUGACGAGGACAAAAGGGGUUUUACCAAACUGGUCUAUCAGAACAUCUUCACAGCCAUGCAGGCCAUGAUCCGAGCCACGGAGACACUAAACAUCCCCUACAAAUAUGAGCACAACAAGGGCAACGCCAACAUUGUGAGAGAAGUGGACGUAGAAAAGGUCUACAUGUUGGAGAAUCCUUAUGUGGAUGCGAUCAAGAGCUUAUGGAACGACCCGGGCAUCCAGGAGAGUUAUGAUCGAAGGAGGGAAUACCAGCUGUCAGACUCCACUAAAUAUUACCUGAAUGCGUUGGACCGAAUCGCACAGCCAUCCUAUCUCCCCACCCAGCAGGACGUGUUGCGGGUUCGUGUCCCGACCACGGGCAUCAUCGAAUACCCGUUUGACCUGCAGAGUGUCAUAUUCAGGAUGGUGGACGUGGGCGGUCAGAGGUCGGAGAGGAGGAAGUGGAUCCACUGCUUUGAGAACGUCACAUCCAUCAUGUUCCUGGUAGCGCUCAGCGAGUACGACCAAGUUCUGGUGGAGUCGGACAAUGAGAACCGGAUGGAGGAGAGUAAAGCUCUGUUUAGGACAAUUAUCACGUACCCAUGGUUCCAGAACUCCUCCGUCAUUCUGUUCCUGAACAAGAAGGACCUGCUGGAGGAGAAGAUCAUGUACUCUCACCUGGUUGACUACUUCCCAGAGUAUGACGGUCCGCAGAGGGACGCCCAGGCCGGCCGAGAGUUCAUCCUCAAGAUGUUCGUGGACCUGAAUCCAGACAGCGAUAAGAUCAUCUACUCUCACUUCACCUGCGCCACUGACACGGAGAACAUCCGUUUUGUCUUUGCGGCCGUCAAAGACACCAUCCUGCAGCUCAACCUGAAGGAGUACAACCUGGUGUAGAGCAGCGCAGGGCCGCGCGGCGCUGUCAGCAGGAGACUGACGAAGUCUGUGAAAAGAGAGAUCGUAUACACACACACACACAUGGAAAAAAGAAAAUCUACGGAAAAAAAAUCUAAUGGUUGCAUAAUACUAAUUUAUUUGCCAUUCGUUGAUCUCUUGGUCCCCAAGGGGUGAACAAAGUAAAUGUUCUCUUGCUAUUUAAGGAGUUGAUGAAAUACAGGGGGGAGGGGGCAGGAUUUCUGGAAAGGUUGGGAGGGAUUUGCUGUUGAAUACGAACAGCAAGGAUCCUCAUUUUUAGGCUUUGCGCAUUGUGAAGUUUAUUUUAAUUUUAUUAUUUGUUUUUGACAGAAAGAAAGAAACGACUCUGUGCACUGGAGGUGUGGGGGCUUUUGUCCUAGAAAGAAUGCAGUGUGCGCUCCCCUCCUGCCUUCUUAUAAACAAGAAUAAAAAAAGAUUAUUUUCUUCUUCUUCGCCCUUCCUCCUUGCCUGUGGGUUAGUUCUGAAGCUCCGUCGUGGGUGUUUACCUGCUUGCCCAACCUGAAGUUCGGAGCUCUAAUUAACAGCUUCCUGUUUCCUUCAAAGGACUGAUUGGCAAGUCUGUAGAUGAAUUGGCAUAAACUGUGAUUUUUUAAAAUAAUUUCAUAUUGAUUUGAUAUUGAUUGACUCUUAAUCAUCAUCAAUCUUAUUAUUAUUAUAAUCUUUACAUGGCAUUGACUUCGGUACCAUCCGAUGGGUUAGGGCGUGUGUGGCCAUGGACGCGCACUGCAGCAGUUUGGAGAAGUAGCCCAGAGUCGUGUGCUGAGCGACGGUCACGUGAUCACUCUCCACGAGCCGUGAAGGCGUGAGAGGAGUUGUAUUUAAAAUAAUAAGAUGCUUUCUUAGCUUUGAGGGAACGAGGUGAAAAGACACACGGGAACCUCUGCUCCUUCAGGUCACGAUGAACCAUGACUGCAAUGAUCGCUUUUACACAAACUGAAGGCAGCGGAGGAGGAGAUAAUUUAAGGAGUUAAAUGAUUAUGUUCAACUGUGCCACAUUUUUAUUAUUAUUAUUAUUAUUAUUAUUAUGGUAGUAUGUAUAUUUAUUGCCAAUGCCAAAAAACUUGAGCACCAGACUCCCACUUUGCGCCGUUUACUACUUUGAUGGAAUGAAAAGUGUUGAGAACAGCAAAGCGCAGGGCUAACGAACGCAGGAGGAGCAGACUGACUGACUCACUAUUGAUCAACCAGCUGAUUCUCGCAGUUCGAAGUGUUUCACACUGAAGUGUUAAGAGACGGGCCGCCGGAGCUGGGACCGACUGGAGGCUGCAGGAGUCACAUUUUAGGCCGUUUCCUUAUAUUUGUCCCACUCACAGCCCUGCUGUCUCGACUGUUGUAGUUCAAUAUCAGUGGAGAGUACGUUUGGCUCAUUUCCGAUGUUAAAGGGCAAAAGUGUUGAUAUUGAGUUUGUACCAAAGUAAGCCCAUCUCGUUUCUGAUUGGCUCCUCUGAUUUGCAAAUCCUCAUUCCCAAGUUACUUUGAGUAUUUUUUUUGUAACAAUUCUUUAGAACAUAAGCCUGUAAUUUACAUUUAUUGAGGCAUAGUGCAAUUAUGAAUGCUAUAAUCAUUGUACAUACAUCUCUCUCGCUACACACACAUAUAUAUAUAUAUAUACAUAUAUAUAUAUGUAUAUAUAUAGCAGCGUCUUUGUUGGCUUUGUAAUCAUUACUUUUUUGGCAGAUUGAAUGUGCGGUAUUGAAAAUAUGUAUCUAUGUAAUUGUAUUGUAUGUCUAAUUGAAAACUCAUUUUUGGAAGAUUAACAUUGUUCGUUUUUGUUUAAUUUUUUUUAAGAGGAGAAUGUACAUUUUGUGUUUUACCAGUUUGUUUGUUUUUAUUUUUCCGUUGUUCAGCUUCAGAACUGCAUAAUGAGGAAUAUUAUUAUCCAACAACACAUGGAUUGGCGUGCCAGUACGUAGAGGAGCUGUUGUGUUAAAUUGACUUUUAUAUGAAAAAUUGCAGACUGAAUCCAAUCUACAGGGCUGAUUGUAAUUGUUUAGUGUUUAACUGGCUUCAGGAAUAGAGCACUUGUCACAUAGGUGUAAUCCCAUCACUCACCCUUUUUAAAAAAACUUUUAUAUUUGAUUUCAUCAUACAGCUUGUCAAUAAGUAUUGAUUAACUGUGAGAUUUGACCCCACUCGGUGUUAUUCUGGACAUUUUCCCGCGCCACCACCGAGGUGCCUUUGAAGGCAAGUUGUUUUAUUUGACAGAAAAAAGUGGGAGGGGGAGACGGGGAAAGAAGUUGCUUUUGGCCCAAAAUGUUGUACAAACGCCAUAGCCCCACAAAUGAACCUCCACCCCGACAGAGUACUGUAGAACCUGUCGGGCUCAUUGACUGACCAGGAAACACUACACUUGGUAGUUGAAAAGACUGAUACUGAAAAAAGAAAAUUGUUUACCAACUUGGAAAAAGAUUCUUCGUGACACACAAUUAGAGAAGUUUGUUCAACUUGAAGAAAAGACGUUAGGACAAUUGAUUACUUGAAGUUGAACAAACCUAUAUGAUUGGUGUUACCAAUAGAAGUAAGUUUUCCAAGUUGGUAAGCAAUUUUCUGUAGGAUGCUUCAUUUACAGGUGCUUUAAAAAAACUUCAUUACCAUCUUGACUGCCACCAUUUCAUUUGGAUGUACAGUAUUAUUUUAGACUUUAUUUAUGAAAUGACAACAUCAGAGAGAAAACAGUUGACAUGUACAUAUUGCCUUAUUGUAUAAGCUGUGCCUCUGGAGUCCAAUGCAAAGCAACUGUGUUUUUAUGAGCAGUGGAGCUCGCGCGGCCAACAGUGUCCCAUUGUGCGGCUGGAGGAUUGUUUGGUUUUGGCUCGGUGGUCUCUCUCUGUUAUUCUGUGCGAGGAGGAGCCCUGGGUUCAGCUUUGAAGUGUAGCUCAUGUAGCUAACACGACAUCAUUACUGGACAUUAUGGGCACAUUGGAGUGAACUGUAAUCCUCAUAAUAUUGUUGCAUCAGAUUCACGUCUUCGUAUCCGCGCCACGGUGCAUUAUAACGCAUUGACAUUGACCUGCCUGACUGAUGAAGCAGCUAUCAGAAUGUGUUGAACGUGCUCGCAGUGUGACACAACAUGGUCUCUAAACCCCCCCCCCCCCCCCCACACACACACACACACACACACACCAGCCACCUGCAGAGUGUUUUUGCCAUAUUUGGCGGUGGUUUGGCUUCUACCCGCCGCUUUGGCAGGUAACCAGCCCUCGCUCUGAGCUCCUGCUGCUUUCAGAUGUUUCAGCUGGCCGAUGAUUACAAUGAUAAUAAUAAUAAUAACAAUAAAUUUCAUUUAUAGAGCACUUUUCAUUGCUAAAAGCAAUCUCAAAGUGCCAUUGGUUUUGGCAGUCGACAACCACUUCAACGAGUUAGUUUCCGAUUCAGAGUCUACUCGGAGUAAAUGAAGCUCUCACAAUGACCACUCGUCAUCAGCCGGGGCCCGAGAGGAGGAACUGGAGGAAAUAUGGUCCUGCUUGUUGCCAGUGGAGAUGUUUUGAAGCUGGACUAUAGUUUAAAAAAAAUUGGUACUGAUGACCAUUUGUUGACUAGUUUGUAACUUGAGUCCCUGCUUUUGUAAAGUGGCUUCUUUAUUUUACACUCUCCCUGUUACUGAAAGGGAGAAUCCUUGUUUAAACACAACAUGCUGCAUCCAACCCACUGAGCAGAGACCAUCCACUCAUGUUUACGAGCCUCAGAAAGUAAUUAAAAAGUGUUAGUUAAACAAGUGAGGAAAAAAAACCCCAUUUAAUUCCAUUGGCAAGAAUGCAAAUUAUAUCUGGAAUUUGUAUGAUGAAUACGAGGCACCGUGGACCGUUUCCAUCCAGGCUCUUCAUGCAGUUGGUUUCCGUUCACAGCAUCACACUGAGGGAGAGCACACGUGAGUCACACUCGAGCUGGAUUUCCCCUUUAAGAGAGCACAGACUCCAGCUGAUGUUGACUUGUGAAGCUCGGCUAAUGUUCAAAUUUCAUGCAGUGCGUUCAAGAGAUUGUGACAAUACUACUCCAUCAACUGCUCUUCCACGCCAAUCUCACACACAUCAUCUGAUCACUUUCUGCUAUAUAGCUUUGGGUUUCUUUUCCUCCGCACCAGGAAGAUAUAAAGUUCAAUGAGUGCUUUUGAAAAAGUGUUACCAUGACGAUCUCCAGUCAUAACUGUGUAAAAUGUUUCAUGUAUCCAUAAAAUCGCACUCUUUCGUGUUUCUGAAUGAAACAUGUUUCUUUAAUGUCGACUCUGAUUUUUUUAUGUUCUGUAAUAUUAGUCCAGCUGUCAUUUAUAUGAUGUGGUCAAUUUAAUGCCUAUAAAUCUCCAUCUUUACGUCCCAUCGUAGUUCACGUCUGUGACUGACUGCCCUUCGACCUGAUUCAAGAUGUAUUUGAACACUGAUGUUUUACAAAACUGAGUCAAACACUGAAUAUUGAGUUCAAGUGAACACAGAUGGGAUCCUAAAGUUCCAUGGGCAUAUUACUGAGCAACAUGUGGGGUGAUGUUAUCCCUUAGGGGUUAUUCUUUCCCAAUUCUAUCUUUGGGAAUUUACUCUUUUUUUUUUACUGGCAAAAAACCCAACCUCCCUCAAAAAGAAAAAAAGAGAAACAACAAAAUACAUUGAGGAAGAAAGCAGGGAGCUGCUUUGUUACUUUCUGGUUUAAAACUCUUAACACCACCAUAAUUAUAGUGUUUAGGGGGCAUAAGGCAACUUUUGAUUGUACUGUAAAUCAACAACUCCCAAGAAAAUUCAUCACAGAAAUUCACUGUUUUUUGCAUGUACUUGGGGAACGACGUACACAUGCGAGGUGAUCUCUACACGAUCACAGGGAAGAAAACGAGUUCGUCAUCAGAGACACAUUCUCCAUUCUGAAUGGGAGUUGGGUCAUUUGAAUUUAAAAGUUGAGGAAUUCAUCCCAUUGCAGUGACGUGAAUAAAGCAGCCAACACAUGAUCCCUGAUGAAACAUGCACUGUAUGUACUGAGAACUUUGUUCAAUACAAGGACAUAAGAGUGAACAGGU